AUGGUUGGUAGAAUGGACAAGGACAGCAAUCAGUACUGGCAUCUGCGAUCCGUAUAUAGCGACGACGACCCUAAAUUUCCUCCCACAAAUGUGGUAGAGCCCCUAUCGGUCGGUAAUCUUUUCCAGCUUUAUUUCAAUGCCUUCAUCGGCUCCAACAUCGCCGAAUCUUGUGUGUUUCCCCUGGACGUGGCCAAGACCCGAAUGCAGGUUGAGGGCGAGGAAGCCAAAAAAUCGGGUGCCAAGAUGCCCCACUUUUUCGGCACCUUCAGGAACAUGUGGAAGGUGGAGGGGUUCAAGUCGAUGUACGCCGGAUUUUCGUCGAUGGUUACACGGAAUCUGAUCUUCAACUCGGGGCGAGUCGUCAUGUACGACAUCUUCCGGCGACCCUUUCUCUACCAGAACGAGCGGAACGAGGAGGUCCUGAGCGUCGCUGCCGCCCUGGGGUGCGGUUUCACAGCGGGCUGCAUUGCCCAAGCUAUGGCCAAUCCCUUCGAUAUUGUCAAGGUGCAGAUGCAGACGGAGGGCAGGCGCCGCCAGCUGGGCAAGCCAGCACGGGCCAGCAAUAUGUUCCAAGCGUUCGCGGACAACUACAGAUUUAGCGGCUUGGCUGGGAUGUGGCGGGGCAUCGGCCCCAGCUGCCUUCGGGCCUGCAUGAUGACCGCCGGUGAUGUGGGCAGCUACGAUCUGAGCAAACGCACCUACAAGAGGAUACUCCAGUUGGAGGAGGGACUGCAAUUGCGUUUCUACUCUUCCAUGACGGCCGGCUUCGUGGCUUCCGUCCUCAGUUGUCCGGCGGACGUCCUCAAAUCCCGAAUGAUGAACCAGCCACUGGACAAAGAUGGCAAGAAUCUCUACUACAAAAACACCUGGGAAUGUGCCAGGAUUAUUGUGAAGGAGGAGGGACCGCUGAUCCUUUAUAAGGGUCUGUGGCCAACCUGGUUCCGACUUGGGCCCUUUUCCGUGCUCAUGUGGCUUACGAUCGAACAGCUCCGCCAAUGGGAGGGUCAAUCGGGAUUCUGAUGCAUAAGAGUAGAAUUAAAGGUGUUUUCCAAAAAAUGACAAGGGUCCAGAUCGAAAUUUGUACAACGUUUUUGGCUUCAGUGAUGAUCCAAAAUG